GCAAUGAGAGCAGCUCUAUCAAAUCCAGCCUGGCAAUGGAGGAUGAUUUAUUCCAGCUAAGACAGCUUCCGGUGGUCAAGUUUCGCCGCACAGGGGAAAGUUCCAGGUCAGAUGAGGAUGCCAUUUCAGGAGAGCAUGAAAUUCAGAUUGAAGGUGUUCGGUCAGAGCUAGAGGCUGUAGAGCUAGAAGAUGGAGCUGCAGUGCCGAAGGAAUUUGCCAAUCCAACUGAUGAUACUUUUAUGGUGGAAGAUGCGGUGGAAGCCAUCGGAUUUGGGAAAUUCCAGUGGAAGCUCUCUGUUCUUACUGGAUUAGCAUGGAUGGCAGAUGCAAUGGAAAUGAUGAUUCUAAGUAUCCUAGCACCUCAGCUUCAUUGUGAGUGGCGAUUACCAAGCUGGCAGGUUGCAUUGCUUACAUCGGUGGUGUUUGUGGGAAUGAUGUUCAGCUCUACACUCUGGGGAAACAUUUCAGACCAAUAUGGCAGAAAAACUGGGUUAAAAAUCAGCGUGUUCUGGACCCUGUACUAUGGGAUCCUCAGUGGUUUUGCACCAGUGUACAGUUGGAUCCUUGUGCUCAGGGGACUGGUGGGCUUUGGGAUUGGAGGAGUACCUCAGUCAGUGACCUUAUAUGCAGAAUUCCUUCCAAUGAAAGCCAGAGCAAAAUGCAUUUUAUUAAUAGAGGUCUUUUGGGCCAUUGGGACUGUAUUUGAAGUCCUUCUUGCAGUGUUUGUGAUGCCGACACUUGGCUGGCGCUGGCUGCUCAUUCUUUCUGCUGUUCCACUCUUGCUGUUUGCCAUCUUGUGUUUUUGGCUGCCAGCGUUAUCUGGAAACCAAGAAAAGGCUCUUGCCACUUUGAAGCGGAUAGCAGCUGAAAAUGGAUCUCCAAUGCCUCUGGGAAAAUUAAUCAUUUCCAGACAGGAAGACCGUGGCAAAAUAAGAGACCUUUUCACACCCCAGUUUAGGUUGACAACAUUGUUGCUUUGGUUUAUAUGGUUUUCCAAUGCCUUUUCUUAUUAUGGAUUAGUUUUACUAACUACAGAGCUCUUUCAAGCAGGAGAUAUCUGCAGCAUUUCCAAUAGAAGGAAAGCAGUUAAAGCAAAAUGCAGCCUGGCCUGUGAAUAUCUGACAGAAGAAGACUACACCGAUCUGCUCUGGACCACUUUAUCAGAGUUCCCAGUUUCCAAUAGAAGGAAAGCAGUUAAAGCAAAAUGCAGCCUGGCCUGUGAAUAUCUGACAGAAGAAGACUACACCGAUCUGCUCUGGACCACUUUAUCAGAGUUCCCAGUUGAAUCAGUGCCUUACAAGGUUGGCUCAGCAGGUGGCUCAGUGUGUUACUACAAGAACAAGGUGCAUCAGCCUCAGACCUCUCUAUCUGGAGCCUGCCAAGAUUUGGACUGCUGCAGUCCUCCCAGGUUACAUAGUUACAUGGUGGCCGGUAGCCAGCUCCUCGGGAGCCAGUGUGCACUGGGGGCGCACCAAAUCUCUGUCACAGUGGUCAUCUAUGAGGUGCCCUGGUGGGCAUUGUCCUUUUUUGUCUUCUCAUUUUGUAGUCUUCUGUUAUUUCUCUGCUUUGGAAGAAAUGUUCUUACUGUGCUGCUCUUCAUCGCAAGGGCUUUCAUUUCAGGAGGAUUUCAGGCUGCUUAUGUUUACACUCCUGAGGUUUACCCAACAGCUACUCGUGCUUUGGGCCUAGGAACAUGCAGUGGAAUGGCCAGAGUGGGAGCCUUAAUAACUCCAUUUAUUGCACAGGUGAUGCUGGAAUCUUCAGUCUAUUUAACUCUGGUGGUUUACAGUGGGUGCUGCUUAUUGGCAGCCUUGGCUUCCUGUUUUUUGCCCAUUGAAACAAAAGGCCGUGGUCUCCAGGAGUCCAGCCACAGAGAAUGGGGACAAGAGAUGGUUGGGAGAGGAUCCCACAACAUGGGAGUCACCAGGUCAAAUUCUGGAUCACAAGAAUGAUAGGACGUAAAACACACACAUGCACACACACACACACACCGCAAGGAAGGACAAAACAAGCAAGAAUUGUAUCUUUAAAAACUGAGUAUAUAAAGCUGACUGUGCUGUCA